AUGUCAUCGAUAACAAUUCCAAUGAUAACAUAAGCUCAUCGUCUUUAAAAGGACAGCUCCUUAAAUUUUAAGACAAAGUUGUAGAGAUCUCUUAGAUUAUCUGAGAAAUAUCAUUGCAAUAUUCAUUUGAAGAGAGAAGAUUAAUAACAAAUCAGAGUAUUUAAAAUGAGAGGUGCAUUCAACUCUUUUAUGAGUUUAAGUCAAGAACAGAGAACAAAAGGGUUAGUUACAGUAAGUGAUGGUAAUUUUGCAGAGGCAUUUGCCUUCUUUUGCAAUCAUUUCAAAAUUAAAGGUACAUCAAUUAUAUUAAAAGGUAGGAACUGUUUUUUUGCCAGAAGUAUGCUUUUAAUGGAAAAUAGAAAUAAUUUAGAAGUAUGGAAAGGAUUAUGUUGAAAUAAGAAGUGUUGGAGAAUCAUUUGAUGAAGCUGAAGCUGCAGCUUAAGAAUAUAUAAAAUAGCAUGAUAAAAUAAUGAUACAUCCAUGUGAUAAUGUUAAAGCAAUCAUAGGAAAUGCAACAAUAGUAUUAUAUAAUUUAUUUAUUUUAAAGGGCAUAGAAAUAAUAGAAGAUUUUCCAGGAGAGGUUGAUUAUGUUUUUGUUCCAGUUGGAGCAGGAGCAUUGGCAGCUGGAAUAGCAACUUACUUUAAAGCAUUGUCUCCAAAUACAAAAAUAAUUGGUGUUUAACCUGAUGGAGCAGCAUCUAUGAAAGCAUCUUUUGAUGCUAAUAAAAUUGUGACAAUUGAUAGCAUGUCUAGAUUUUGUGAUGGAUCUGCUGUAAAAACAGUUCCUAAAAUAACAUUUGAUAUUUGUUAACAUAAUUUAGAUGGUUUAGCAGUAGUACCUGAAGGAAAAGUAAGUUCAACCAUUCUUGAAUUAUAUAAUUAAGGAAUAGCAGUAGAACCAGCAGGAGUAAUAAUAUUAUAAAUAACUUUUAGGCAUUAGCAGUAUCUGUUUUAGAUCAAUAUGCAUCAGAUAUAAAAGAUAAAAAUGUUGUCUGUUUAAUAUCAGGAGGAACAGUGGAUCUUUCAAGAUUUGAUGAAUUUAAAGAGCAUUCUUAAUUAUUUGAAGGAUUGAAAUACUUCUUUUUGAUUUAAAUUCCAUUCAGACCUGGUAUUCUUAAGAGCUUUGUUAGUUUGUAAUUAUAAAUACUAAUAUUAGAUGUUUAGGACCAGAUGAUGAAAUUAGUCAUAUUCAAUUUUAGAAAAAAGCUAAUAGAGAAAGGGGACCAUGUUUGGUGGCAAUAGAAGUAGCUAAAAAGGAGAACAUAAAAAAGGUUAUGGAGAACAUGACUAAAAUGCAUUUAUAAUAUGAAGUUGUAAAUGAUUCAAAAGAGUUGUUUGAUUUAUUGGUUUGAUAAAUUAUAAUAUUAACGUAUAUAAAAUAUGUCUGUUAUAUUCGAUUAGUUGGAUGUAUGCUUAUUAAUAAAUACUUUAGAAUAUCUAAUCACUUAGAUUUAGAUUUACUUAAGCAAUCAAGUUAGGAGUCUCUCUAUAUUACAUUGAAAAUUGCUCAUUAAAAAGACUUGUAGUUACUGAUAAUUAAAUUGCAUCAUAUAAUGACUCUGAGGUUAUAAAUGUCUUAUAAAACGUAUCACAGAUAUGUUCUGAUAGUAAAACUUUGUUUUGUUUACAGAGUAUAAAAUUAUCUCAAUUUUUAAGGUAAUGGUGAUCUAUAUUAAAUUGACUAACAACCAAAAUUAUUAGUCUCUGGAAAGAACUACAUGAGCAUUACACCAACAACUGCUAUUGAUCAUUCUGGUAGAGGAUUCUUUUGGAAAAAUAAUAAACCUAUCUAUUCUCAUUGUAAACAUAUAAGUACAUAUCAGGACAAAAUGACAUUGAUUACAAGUAUAAUUUUAAUUGAUUAAUUAAGUUGGUGGAAAGAUUUUUAAUAUUGAGAAUGGUACUCAAAUUCCAAUUUAAUAAUUAAAUGGUUUAGGAGUUAAUGGAUAUUUUAAGAAAUCAUUAUUAUUUUAAUUUGGUGGUAUUGCUAUUACAGAAAAUGGUGAUGUUUAUUGUUAUAAUACUAAAAUGAUUAAACUAAAAACAACAAAUCUUGAGGAUAUUUAAGCAAGCAAUAGAUUUAUUUUUGGAAUUUAAGGAAAAUAUAUUUUGUAAUGGAAUUUGGAAGAUUUUCAAAAUCAUUAAUUUUUUGUUAAUUAGACUUUAUUUAAAAAAAUGAAUUAUGGUCAUGAAAUAUAAAUUAAUUGUAAAAAGAAAGAAUUUUAAGAGGUUAAAUUUAUAUUUUCAGAUUAAUUCUCUUAAUUUUGUUGUGCAUCUGUUCAAUCAAUAUCUAAAUCAAAUUAGAAUGAAUAAUCUAUUUCUGUUAUAGAAAGGACUUUUUGUAGAAGUACUGUUUAAAACUUGAAAUAAUAAUUAUUUGAUUAAUGGGAUCCACCAUCUAAAAAGAAAUCUUAAGAAGUCAGAUAAAGCAAAUAUCUUAGAGGAGAAAGAACAGAAAGAUCAGAAACAAGUAAUAGAUAAACAGAUAGAAUUGAUAGAAAAGAUGAUGUUUCUACAUAAUCAUAAGAAUAAAAAUAGAGAUAAUAAAAUAAUAAUAUUCUUGAUGCUUUAUUUGAUAAAACUAAUAAAUAGGAUAAUAUAGUUUAAUAAUAAGUAGAAAAACAAAAAGAAAUACAAAUUAAUCCAAAUUUCAAUUUCAAAAAUAGUUUAUAAAAAAAAGCUGAAAUCUUUGCACCUCUAGAAAUUUCAAAAUUAAAUUUAAAUGAUAAAACUUAACAAGGAGACACUUAAACAAUUAACAAUUAAAAUAAUUAACAAAAUUAACCAUAAUAAUUAUAAAUAUCAUAAUAGCAAUAAUAAAAGUCUGAGCCAUAAUUAGUUUAAUAAUAAUAAUAAUAAUAAUAAUAAUAAUAAUAAUAAUAAUAAUAAAUAGAUUUAUAAGAAAAUAAGAAAAAUAUAAAGGCUGAAUAAUAAUAAAAAUUAUUAAAUGAAAAGAAAAUAGAAUAAUUAGAAUAACAAUAAAAAUUAGAGUAAGAAUAACAAUAAAUCUAAUAAUAAAAAUUAAAACAAGAAUAGCAAUACAAAUAGGAAUAAUAAUUGAAAUAAUAAUAAAAAUUAGAAUAAUAAUAAAAACUAGAGUAAUAAUAAUUAGAAUAAUAAUAGUAAAAAUUAGAAUAAUAAUAAUAAUAAAAAUUAGAAUAAUAAUAAUAAUAAUAAUAAUAAUAAUAAUAAAAAUUAGAAUAACAAUAAAGAUUAGAAUAACAAUAAAAACUAGAAUAAUAAUAAAAAUUAGAAUAACAAUAAAGACUAGAGUAACAAUAAAGGCUAGAAUAAUAAUAAAGAUUAGAAUAAUAAUAAAAACUAGAAAAAUAAUAAAAACUAGAGAAAUAAUAAAGAUUAGAAUAACAAUAAAAAGCUGAGGAAUAAUAAAAAUUAAAAUAAUAGUAAUAAUUAAAUUCUAUUAACAUGCCAAAAUAAUGUUCAGAGGAAAUAAAAUAACCUUCAAAAUUAUUAGAAUAAUAUAAAAAAUAAUUUGAUUAAAUCUUGAAAUCAAGUUAUGAAUAAAUCAUAGAUUAAUCAACUGAGCAUUCAAAAGAAACAGAAGAUCUUUCAACCAUCAAACAUAUUAAUCAAGAAAAUAUUUAUUUCUAAUAAAAUACUAUAAGUCAAAAAUUAUAAUCAAUUAGAGAAAUUUAUGAUCAACCAAAAUUUAAAACAUAAAAUAACAGUUUGUAUACAUUAGAUGAGGAAAAUUCAAUUGAAUAAAGUAUGUGUUAAGAGGAAGAUGAUAAAGGGAAAUUUUAAUUGAAAAGAUAAGCACUUUUAAUUUAAGAUAUCUUUAAUAAUAAGGUUGAUAAUUAAUUAGGAUAAAAUAAAUAAGAAUCUUUAAAACAAUAGUUUUUAGCCAAAGAAUUUUAAUCUCCUACAUUAUCUUAAGAUAAUUCAAUAUAAUUCACAUAAAUUUCUGUAGCAGAAUUACAAUUACCUCCUAUUUAAUCUUCAUUAAAUACUUUCUUUAGUAAAUUGUAAUUAAAACCAGAAAAAUCCAUAGAUUAAGUUCUCAAGUCAUAAACAUAAAAAGAAUAGAUAUCUGAAGAUAUUCCAAAAUCGAAUUCAACUGAAUAAACAUCUCAAAUGGAGAUUAAAUAAACAAAAAUAAUAAAGUCAUUCUUAAAGCCAGAAUAAUGUUAAAAAUAAAAGAAUGCUGUAGAAAUAAUGGAUUAAUAAUCAGCUAUUGAUUAUUAAAAUAACAGUGACUUUAUUGAUUAAUAACAAGAUAGCUUUAUGUAGAUUUUACAAACAGAAAAAAAGCAAUAAGAAAACAAUAAAAUUUAACAUAUUUUAUCAAUUUUUGAUUAAAUUCAAAUAUAACCAAAAAGAAAAAGUCCUCCUAAAAUGAAUUUAUUCAAAAAACAAGACUAAGAAAAUAAAAUAAAAAAAAUUGAUAUAAUAUCUGAUUCAGAUGGAUAAUUAGAUGAGAAUUUAACUGAAAUAAAAAAUAUACUUAAAGAGAAAAAUGAUUAAAUAAUAGAAAAAAAAUAAUCACCUAAGAAAACUAAUACAAAAUUGCAUAAAACUUUAGUUACAUUUUCUGAAGAUAUUUCAUAAGUCGAGGUAGAAGAUAGAGUUAUGCAAAUUGUUAAAGUAGACUAAAAUUUAUAAACUAUAUAUCCUAAGCAUUCUCCUAUAAAAUCUAAAUCUCCAUUAAAAGAUAAUAAUAUUUCAUCUAGCAAAAAUCACUCACUCUAAUUAAGUGAAUAGAAAAUAUUGACUAAGAUUAGUUUAAAUGCAGAUGUCAAAUAACCUAAUUUUGACACUAAAAUUCCAUCUAUUCAACCUGAAAAAAAAUAGACAUCAUUACAUGUAAGAGUUCAAACCUUAAAUUGUAAUGCUAUUAGACCAGAAAAAAUAUUUACUCCAUUAAGAAGCAGGAGAAAUAGUACUGCAAGAGGUUCUAGUGUUGAAACUACUAGAUUUAAAUAAUUGUAGAUUGAAACUUAAAUAGUUGUUCCUGAUGAAUAGAAUUAAACUCCUUAAAUAAAUAAUUUUGAAGUAUUGGAUUUAAGUAAUGCCAUGUAUCACAUUAAUCAAACAUUAAUUGAGGACUCUGCAAAGCAUACACCAGUUGCUUAAGUUCAUAAUGUCCUCAAUAUAAAUUAGCAAUCUAACUAAAAAAUUCUUAAGGAACCUCAAUUAAUUAGAGUUUCUUCAACCUCUUAAAUACCACCUUCUCUAAGAACUAAUAGUGUAGGACCAAUUAAUAAAAAAACAGAAGUAUCUCCUAUGAAGGUUUAAAAAUAAGUAAAAAAUGUCUCAUCUUCUAAGAGUGUAAAUGAUGAAACUAUCAAAUUAAAAAAACGAUAAUAAGAUAUCAUUUUAAGGAAAUUAUUCUUUAGAUUAGAUAUCCAUGUUAAACUUAUGAAAUUGGAAUUUAUGUUUAAUCUAAAGCAGAAAACUAGAAAAUGA